AUGGCAUCUCCACCUCCGAGGCAUCAGGUCUUCCUUGUCUUCGACUACUUAGUCAGGCACGGUUACCUAACCACCGCUAGCGCCAUGGCCAGACCCGCUGUGGACGCGCCAGCUCAAACCUCCGCCAUCCCUGCCACCUCUUGCCCCUCCUCGCCUUCCACCACCUCCGUUCCUGUCGACGAAGACGAGGCGCCUUCGAAAGACCCACCCAACUCCAAGCUUUCGCCUACCUUGCUGCAUUCCAACGGUCUUAAGACACACGACUCUACAACUGAUGAGACGGACGACGCCGAAGCAGCCAAGUCUUCGGUGGCCUCCACCGACGUCGAAUCGCCGUCUCAGCAGGUGUGGGAGUGCGGCGGUGGUGACCGCUGGCCAGAGUCGCCAGCUGAGGCAAACCAGCGAAUCCGAUUGGCUGAGCUGAUUCGUCAAGGUCACUACCUACAAGCAAUCUCCCAGUUAACCAAGAACUACCCCAGUCUCAUUCAGGCCAUGCCUUCGAUUGUCUUCAUGCUUCGUUGUCGCUACUUCAUCGAGAUGGUGGGUCGCGUAUCUGAUUGGCUACCUGCUCUCGUGCCGGUCCUAACAGAUGAUUGCAGCCUAUUUGCAAAUCAGCACCCACCCACGGAGGCUAAUGGUGAUUUCACACACAAGGCAUCACCGGCCAAGGCUACAUCUGCUCCACCCAAUCCAGAUUGUCGAAAGGCAGCGAAGGGCACAAGAACCUUUAAACGCACUCAACCCUCAAGUUCACCCGAAUGCUCACCCUGCGGUGGCGGCGGCAACUGCCUCAGACAGUCCGCAGCCCUUCGCCGUAAGUGCGAGGUAACCAAUGGCAGCCUAAACGGCGGCGGCAGCGGGAACCUAGUUGAAGGCGAUGAUGACGACGACGAAGAAGGCGGUUUAUUUAAGGAGAACCUGCCUGUUGCGUGCGCCUACCAAGAAAAUGGCAGCAUUGCUGUUGUGCAGGCAACUCGGUGUGUUCAGAACGGUGUAUCCACAUUGACGAAGGAGAAAACGCGAGCAGCAGCAGCCAGAAGUCUUUUCAAGUGUUCCUCCCUGACCUCAGUCGAGAACACAUUAGAGCCACCGGUCCAAAGUGGCGUUGUUCAACAAAACGCCCACGUCCCCUCCACUGUCGCCAUGGAGACGCGUUCCACCAAUGACAGUCCCACUCCGGCUUCGGACUCCUCCCCUCUCCAACAGAGUCCGCUCGAUUUGAACAGUGUGGUGCAGCUGGGAAGGGAGUUGCGAGACAAUGCGCGGGAGUUGCAAGCCAACAAUGCCAUAUCGCCAACCCAGCUGGCUUUACUGCAGGACGCCUUCAGCUUAUUCGCCUACGAAAACCCCUACGAGAGUCCCUUCUCGGAUCUCAUGCAUCCCAAGCACAGAAAAAUGCUCGCCGAGUCCGUUAACAAUGCCAUCCUGGAUCGUGGAGUCGUACUAGGCGUCGUCCGUGUUGCUUUUGUAGUUAAGUUGGGCAAGGCACGGUGCUCCCUGUUGGAAAUCGGUAUUGGCCUGCUGGAGGAGGCGAUGCUUGACGAUCGUGUCGACGGUCGCCUUGCCGUGGACACCGGCGACACGAAGGUCCACUGGAAGCAGCACAACCAGACGAGCACUUCUUCGGCCGGCAGCACUCCCACCCCCUCCCACGCGGCCUCUGCUGCUGCUGCUUAUCCCGCCGCUGCCGCUGCCGCAGCCACCCUCCAAUCGACCGUGCGAAUAUUUGCGCCUUCUUCGAGUCCCCGUUCGAACGCCUCGUCACAGUACAACCGAGGCCACAGACGGCAUCACCACAGCCACCAUCACCAUCAUCGCUCGACGACGACGACGACGUCGGCACUUGUCGUGACGUCGACAUCGACUUCCCAGACCCCCGCACAGGCAUUCCCCCCAGGCACGCCGCACUCCGCUUUGAUCUACCAGCGCUCUCCUUCGUUGUCGACGUCGCCGGCAGGACGUCGGCUGCGCAACACCAUCGUGCAGAGUUCUCCCCACGACGAAGACGGCGUCGUCGACCACUUGCAGGAGGCGUCCACGAGCGGUGGGGUCGAUUGGGGGGAGGAGGUCGCAGGUGACGAGGUCGCGCUGAACUGGGACGAGGCACUUUGCGUACCUCCAGCGCGCAGCGGUCUGGAAAUGGCGGGAUUCUUCCAUCCAGUAUUCUUCGUACCGCGGUCUAAACCUUGA